CAACAGUAACUUCCUGUGAUGACCCAGACCGGGCACAGUGUGUAUAAGCAGGGGGAGGAGGGCGGUGUGUUUCCACUAGGGACAGUCCCGUUGAGUGGAGCGGCAGCACAGACGGACAUUUUCAUCUUUACCAGAACCAAAUACAGCAAAACUAACAGAAGAAGAGCAGAACAAACUCAACGAGUCCUUCUUGCUUGAGGUCAAAGUUCAACACUCAUCAUGGCAGACGAAUCAGACAUGCGCAAUGAGUUGGCCGACCUGCAGACGCGCGCCGACCAGAUAGCUGAUGAGUCUUUGGAGAGCACUCGGCGUAUGCUGGCUCUGGUCGAGGAGAGUAAAGAUGCCGGCAUCAGGACUCUGGUCAUGUUGGAUGAGCAGGGAGAACAACUUGAUCGUGUGGAGGAGGGCAUGAACAAGGUGAACGCAGACCUGAAGGAUGCCGAGAAAGAUUUAAAAGAUAUAGGACAGUGCUGUGGUCUGAUUUGCCCAUGUAUUAAAAAGAUUAAGGGCGGAGGCCAGGCCUGGGGAGCAAACCAGGAUGGAGUGGUGAACAGCCAGCCUGGAGCUCGAGUGGUGGAUGAACGUGAACAGAUGGCCAUCAGUGGGGGCUUCAUCCGCAGGGUAACAGAUGACGCCCGGGAGAAUGAGAUGGAUGAGAACCUUGAGCAGGUGGGCGGGAUCAUUGGGAAUCUGCGUCACAUGGCCCUGGACAUGGGCCAGGAGAUCGACACCCAGAACCGCCAGAUCGAUAGGAUCAUGGAGAAGGCUGAUUCCAACAAGACCAGGAUUGACGAAGCCAACCAGAGGGCUACAAAGAUGUUGGGCAGUGGCUAAACUGCUGCAAAAAGUGCUUUCAUCCUAACUCCAGUCACCCUUAAAAUAACAACACCAACCAAACCCAGCCCAGCCCCCAACACCAACAGCCAGCGCCCACUUCCUAUGCUCGACAGCAGGCGCUGCAAUAUCAUGCUUUUAUUGUGAAACUUGUAGAGGUUUGCACACAUGCACAUAUCAUACAUCCCUCUGCCCUCCUCUCAGCCCUGACCAUCUCUCCCCUCCCUUCACUCCCCUUGUUGUCAGUGAUGUCCUGUGUUGUUGCUCUUUUGAUUUUGUUAAUAAAUCAUAGUUCUGUCACUCAAACUCUCUCCAUGUUGUACAUAGUGCUUCUUAAACGGCUUCAUUGCUCUAGAUCAUUUGUCCGGUUUUCUUCAUCACUCUUUUUUUAAAGUCUAUGUGUAAUAUAAACUGUAUGUACACCUUGUUCCAAGAUGUCCUUCCCCCGUGUCAGUAUUCUGCUAUCAUCCAUGUAAGAGACACACUGUGUUCAGCAGUUCAAAUGUUGUGAUGCCACAGUGAUUUGCAGUGAAUAUAGUGAACAUGCAGCCCUCACAGCUUGUUAACAUGGCCACUGUCUAAGUACAUAGUCAUUUAUUAUAGAACUAAUUACAUAGAGAGUAAAUAUUUAAGCCAUGUGGAUGAAACUAUGGCUUUUAAUCCUGACUGUUAGCAUAUCCUACAAACUCUAUUAAUAGGGUAGUGUUAUUGCAAUUUGAUGCCAUGAUUGAUUGUAUAGUAUACACUUUUUCCUCAGGGAGCUAAAUCUGACCAUUCAAAAGCAAGCGUUGAAUAUUUAAUUGAUUUAUUUUAAUUCAUAAAAACCACAUCAUAAGGCAGGGUAUAAAUGCAAGUAUGUGAACAGCAUUGUUGAUGGACCACUGGGCAUUAACUGUUACAGCUAACCUUGAGAAAUGAAAAGAGUUGGAGCAUAGCUGGACGCCAUAGUACAAGACAAACAACUUCUUCGCACACCAAGCUAGACUUCUUUACCCACGAUUCAACCCUUGCAAUAUGAAGUCCUACUUUAAGUGUGUUAUGCAUGUCCAUCCGCUGCUAGAAGACGCUGAAUAAUUCAUUUAUCCAGACAAAAAUAUCCUAACAUGGCAACCGCAUGCUCCAUAUGUAGGCCACACAGAGGAGAGGCCAUAUUUAUCUGCUAUAGUGCCACUCUUUUUGUUUCAUGUCUCUUUACCUUUCCAGACUGUGAUCAUCACUGUAAAUUAAAACCUUGGAAAAUGCCAAUAAAACCAUCAUAACUGUAGAACCAAA